GAUAAGAUCAGCGGUUUCUUCAUUGCCCCUCUUCACAAGAGCCAUCACAAAGUCGACCGCUGUCAACACCAACAAACACAAGGUAAUUCCAGUGAUAUACACUCUUUGCCCAAAGUGAAAUUGAUAAAAAUGACGGACGAAAUCAAUACUUCUCGAACGAAAAAGGACAUGAAGGAAGCACCACCUCCACCCAUUAUAUCAAAUAUUAAUUUACAAGAAUUGCCAGAAAAUAUUAACUGGAAUAAAACUAUUACCGAAGGCAAUUUGGGUGAUGAUGAUGAAUUACAAAAUUUGUCUUAUUCCGACAUAGACUGUAGCAGUUCCUGUAACAUUGUUUCGAGCAUCGCAUCUGUAAAUAGACAACAAGUGAUCCCAAGCGAAAAAAAUGUGUCUUCUUCAACUCAUAGCACAACAUUGGGCUUUAUACCCGAGCCUGCAGCCAAUGGAAUUGUCAAGGGUAAACAAAUACAUCCAAUUCGAAAAGCCAUAUAUAAAACUGGCAAACUGUUGGAGUUUUCACCCAAAAUUUUAUCAAUAAGUCAUAAACGAGACUGGCUUAGAGUAGAUUGCGCUCUUGACACUGCAGAAUGGUUUAAAUCAAAUAUAGAACACAUUCAAAAACUUGCUUCUCAAAAGGUGAAUAUUGCGGAUAAGAAUAUUUUGCCUUCCACAAUCAUAAUACAAGGAGAAUUCCCCAACAACUCACGCAUAGAUAAAAGAAAGAUUUUAGCAUUAAUUCAAACACAUUAUCCAGACUUGAAUGUUUCGAUGUGGAAAUGUUUUGAAAGGAAGCAAGACACUAUGAUAUUUGAAGUCGAUACUGUAUCCUGGUGUAAACUUCUAUAUAGCGGUGGUAACAUUUCGUGUGAAAACAAACACAUAAAUCUGAAAAUAAAGCAGCAAACACUGUGUUCCGGAGUAGAAGUUAAGCCAUGUCGGCAGAAAAGUGGCCUCCGGGUGCGAACUAUAUUUUCCGAGUGUCAUGUAGAUUCGAGCGAAAAAGUCUUAGCGGUUAUCAAGCAACAAAAUCAGAACCUUUGUGUUUCCCAAUGGAUAGCUGAAGAUAGAAGACCGGAUGAUUUAUAUGUUACUUUUGAUGUGGAUGAAUAUUCUUGGCAAAGACUUCAGCAGGCCAAUGGCUUCAUUACUUACCUCCAGGGGCAGAUCGCCUAGAAAUGUUGCAGUCGAAAUGGGAGCCAUCCACAAAAAUUUCUUGCCAUCGCAGGGUACAAGUUCAGUUUUCCUGUAGCAGUGGCUAUUCUUAUGAAACCGUUUUGGCUGUAUUAAAAGCACAAACUGAUUUUAAUAUUUCCCAGUGGGAAGUGUUGCCUCAAAAUACAGAAGAUAAUAUAAAUUUCUCUUUCAAGAUAGAUAAGAGUUCUUGGCAAAAGCUUUUGCAAAGAAAUUGUAGCAUCAGAUAUCGUUUUUGGACCGUAGGCCUUAGCCUCAAUCAAGGAAUAUGAGUUAGAAACUGAGGAAGUUUUGGGAAAUAUUACAAAUAUCAUAGAUAAAGGUAACCUUCUGGACAAUUCCAGUGUCCCUCUUCGGCACUACUUUGUUUAAGGCUGUUUUCCUUAAAGCAAUGGCUGUUCUUUGGACAAAAUCAUGAAUUUCAUUAAAAUUCAAAAUUCUCUGGAUAUCUCCUCAUGGAAACCGAUGCCAAGAAACUCAGAAGAUGUAUCACUUUUAGGCUUUGAAGUAGAUUACACCACCUGGCAUGAGUUGAAAAAGCGCAAAGGUCUUAUUGCCUAUCGAUUUGGUCAAGUACAACUUAAUAUGAGAGUAAAAAAUGAGUUUGAUAAUAAAAAAUGCGAUGUUCUGGAUCCCGAAGAAAGCAGCCUCUUGAAAUCUUCAAUUAAACAUUUAAUACAUGGCAACUUUCCACGCCGUAAUGCCUAUUCGCAGGAGAAUGUCUUGUCUCUUAUUGAGGCACAAAAUUCUCUGGACGUUUCUUCAAGGAAACUGAUGCCAAGAAGCUCGCCUGAUUACAACAAGCAAAUUGGACUAUUUCUUAUCGAUUUGGUACAAUUAAACUUGAGCCAUGCUGUGAACAAAAUUCAACUGAAAUUAAAACGCAAAUCGUUGAAGCUACCAGCAGUAGUAGUAGUAGUAGUGGUAGUAAACUGGACAACCACAAGACAACUUUUCUUCCAAGUUACAAAGAAAAUCCUACAUCUUAACAUUUGGUUCGUGGCAUAUUUCCAAAUAGCAGUGAAUAUUCUGAUGAUAAAAUUUUGACUCUUAUACAAACUCAAAAUAAAAUGAGCAUAGCAGAGUGGAAGCCCUUGAGUCAAUCAGCUGGUGAUGAACCAUACAAAACUUUAGAAAUAGAUGAUAAAUCCUGGCAGCAAUUACAAAAAUGGAAUGGUUAUUUCUUAUCGAUUUGGUAAAGUCAUUUUGGAAAAUAUUUCAAAGAUGAAUAAUGAACAAACUAAACCAACUCAAAAGGAAUUAUCCUCGGAAUGUGAAACUGAAUGUUCAGAGUCACAACUUCUAAAAACAACAACUGGCUGCACUCCGGAACAAUCAAACCAUUCACAAGGCCAGACAGAGGAUACGUUGAACCGCUUGGCACAACUAAAAAAUAGAAUUGCCUAUCGAAAAUGAAUGAUUGAAUAGAGAAAAUUUCAAACCUAAUAUAAUCAAUUAGCAUUCGUGUAUUGGAACCACAUCAUUCUUUCGAAGACUCAAAAUUGUAAUUUCUAAAAAUGUUUAUAUAUAUAUAUCAAUAUUUAACUUAUAACAACUGCAUUGGAAUUUUUAGAACCUGUUUACAUCUACACCCCUGAGACGCACCAGUAAGAUUUUUAAAUGAUGAACAAGAUGUGUAAAAAUCUUUAUACAGCUAUUUUGCUUAUCUUAACUCCUUUGAUUGUAAUUUAAAGGAACAUAUGUAUUUAUGUAUCUAUUUACCUGAAAUAUCAGCAAUCUAUUCCUAUGAUCAAAAAGUUACACCCUGUUUACACUGCUCUUUAAAUCCGUAUGUAAUGGCUCGACCAGCUGUUUUACCCUCUAUAAAAUCAGCUGACGAGAGCCUUAAAUCCGGAUUUAAUGAACAGUGUAAACGGGGUUUUAAAAAUUAAGUUCGCUCGAAUUUCAUUUAUUGAAAUUUGAGGAUUUUACAUCUAAAUGAACAUCUAUGGGCUUCUUAAUCCUUGAAGCAUACCAUUGGCAUAAAAAUGAUCCAAAAUCCUAUGUUUUUAAGCAGACUUAAAAAAUAAAAUUAAUUUACCACCAAUGUUAAAGUUUUUAUACUCCAAGGCGUAUUAUCAGGUGGCCGCAUCAACCCAGCUGAGAGAAUUUGAUAUGUCAACUCAUUUUUGAA